CUUUUCUUCUUCUUCCCAGCAGCCGAACAAAGGCCCCCAAGCCCGACAGCACCUCCCUUGAAAAACCGGUAGAAAGCUUGGAUAUUUCUCCUUCUUUUCUUGUUCUAGGACUAAAAUUGAACCCAGAAUUCUCCCCCCUGCAGAGAAAUUCCAGAUCUGCUCGGUUUCUCCCCCUCCCCUGUCCGUGAGCUGCAGCUUGUGAUGCGAUUUUCGGGCUUUUUCUGGUUCUUGAUCAUUGGUUGCCCUAGCACUUGGGUUGAGUUGUCUGUUUUACGGAUUUGAGGAAGCGAAGUCAAGGAUGGGGAAAAAUGAGGGGAGUGAUGAGUUAGAAGACUAGCCACCUAUAAUUUGAUAUAGAUUUUGGAUAUAAAUCAUGAUCUUGUAAAUUAGAUUUUAUUGGAUAUUUAUGAUAUUAGAGCAAAUUAUAAAAUUUGAUCUUCAGAUUUUGAUGGUAUCAGAUUGUGGUAUGAUAAGUUCCGAGUCUUGUGCAUUUGUGGGACCCUCUUACAAGUGCACGGGGUCUCCUACGUCCCCGGAUUUGGAUUCUGGGGUAUGACAAAGAGUAAAGGCGCAAACCAGUUUUGAGAUGAUAAAGUUGCAGGUGAAUU